GAUAAACUCUUUUCCUGCCUUGUCUCUCCGAGUGUUUGCUUUCCUGGCAUCCAGGGUUAGGCCCUUGUGAACAGGAAGGAGGUUGACGUAUUUUCCGCAGGCUCAGACCGGGGAAAGUUGUUUCCUGAGCUUCUGUGUUGAUGGUUUCCACACCAAAGCGUCGCCUUCCUACAAAAUGACUGAAACAGACUUUAGGAACUCUUAAAAGUGGUAUUUUUUUUCCAAGUUGUUUUUUUUUUCUUCUCGCCGAUGUCCUGCCUGUUCUUGAGCUGGCUGCUGAGAAGAUGAACUCGGAGAAGGAAGACCUAGUGGCGAGCCUGCAAGCCCAGCUAGCCGAGUGCCGGGCUCAAGUCGAGCACUGGCAGGGCGUGGCAACGAUCUGUGAGCUGAGCAAACAGGAGGAACUGGCCGAGCUGCAAAAACAAUGUGAUGGAGAGAUCCAGUCUCUGCAGGAGGCUCUCAGAGAGACUGCAGCCCAGUAUGAAGCCAGGAUAGCUGUGCUGCAGUCCCAGCCUGUGGACUGGAGGAGAACCAGUGGACACAACACGACCAGUAGCAGGAAGGGUCGGGGCGAAGCAGAUUUCUCCAUUAAUGAAUCUCUAACAUCGGUCGUCAGCAGCUUGAGAGAGGAUAAAGCGGCUUCAUCGGUGGACCAAACGCGAAGUCGCCCAGCAGAGCUGGAGGCAGUGGCAGAAGAAGGGUCGCCUCGUUCGGCGGAGGGUUAUUUUUCCCUGCAGAACUGUGACUCUGCCUCGCUGUUCUCAUUCUCGUUAGACACGCCAUCUCUGCCCAGAAAGCUCCUCGCUCAGGAAGACACGGAGUCGCUGGUUUCCACGGGAACGCUAGUUCCUGAAGCCAUCUACCUGCCGCCAGCUGGACACCGCCUUGUUACGCACAGUGACUGGGAUGCCCUCAAUGCGCAGUUGUCAGAGCUGAGAGGGGAAGUGAGCCGGUUGCAGGUGGAGAAGGAGGAGCUGGAGAGAGAGCUGGAUAAACAGACCCACCACACCCACCAACAGGUCUCAUUGCUCCAGUCUCAGGUCCAGACUUCAGAGACCCUCCUACAGGAUUUGCAGAAAUCUUUCAGCCAAUCACAGAAUGCCGUCCAGAGCCGGCUGGCGGAGUUGUCGCUGUCUCAGCGGAAAAUGUGCUCUGAGCUGUCCAGGCUGAAAGGAGAAGACGUUGAAGAGAGUUUACUAGAUCCCGGAUCAUCCCUCUUGGGCUCCCAGCAUGGGGCGCACUGUGAGGAGCGACUUCGCAUUGAGAUUGUCAAUCUAAGGGAGCAGCUGGACAGUCGGACGGAGGAGAACGAUGUUUUAGGGGUGCAGCUUUCCACUCUGAGGACGGAGACGGAGAAGAUCCAGGCUCAGAAGGACCAGCAGCAGGCUGAGCUGCUUGCCUGCCGCAAUGAACUGGGAGCCCUGCGGGUGGCGCUCACUCAUUUGCAGAGCACCAACAAAGCACUCACUCAUGAUAAAGCCGUGCUUCACCAACAGUGUCUGGAACUUCGAAGCCAAGUGAUCAGUCUUCGCUCCCAGGUGGACACCAGCCAGGCUGUGCAGCGGGACUUCGUCAAGCUCUCCCAGUCGCUUCAGGUGAAGCUGGAGUUGAUCCGACAGGCGGAGACCCUGGAACAAGUCAGGGAAAUCCUGGGGGAGAGUGUCGGUGAAGCUGGCUCUCAGCCGGCUGAUGUCUCGUGAGCAUUAGUGGAAGAGACAUGUAAACCAAAGACCAACAUCAAACAUAUUGCCAAGAGAAGUCCGCAUGCUGACCUGACACCCCAGAUCAUUCACUGCUGAUUCACUUUUUGUAUUGAGACACUGGAACUUCUGUUUUCGCUGGCUACAGUUCGAUGUCAGUACAUGAAACGGUUUCUUAGUGAUUAAGAACCAUUUUUUAAAUGACUUCUAGCAACACAUUCCUUCCUGUACAGUAAUAAUGUAAAUCUGAACUUGAUUUGUUUAUAAAACUGACAACUCCAGCAAAACACUCAUCUGUGCAACACUGCAGUAAUUAUUAUGCAUAAAUAAGCAAUAUUUCUCAGUGAAAAAGGACCACUAAACUGCACUCGAGCACAGUGCAGCGAGGAUUUAUAAAGCAAUGCAAAAUAGAGGAUUUUUAAUGUAUUUUGUUAUUAUAUGUAAUUAUGGAUCUAUUAAGCAUAGACCUAGCAGGCAUAUCUUCGUGACCCAUAACAACCUUUAAAUUUAAAUGUACAACUGGAUUAUGAAAUGAGAUUGUUGUAUUUGUUGUGAAAUAGAAAUGUGUAACAUCUUUUGUUUUUUGUUUUAAUACACACUGAAGAUGAAAAACAA